UAAAUAUUAUUGGAAGAGGGAUGCUGCCUUAAAACAUUGUGGGAUGUGCGCAGGGUCAAUGCAUCCAUUGAUGGAGCACAAACUCCGCUCUGGAAUCCCCAUCACGUCAUCGCGGUCUUGUGAGUAUAUAGGCCACUCGCAAAAACCGAAAGGAACUAUAAGUAAGCCACACAUCAAUUUAAUUUACAUCAAGAUGGCGACCGAGGGCGAAUACGAGUCGAUCCUUUGCGUUAAACCCGACGUCAACGUUUAUCGAAUACCACCGAGGGCUACAAAUCGUGGAUACAGGGCAGCAGACUGGAAGCUGGAUGUGCCCGAUUGGUCAGGGCGCAUGCGGAUCACGGCGAAGGGGAAAGUGGCCUACAUCAAACUGGAAGACAAAGUCUCAGGGGAGCUGUUCGCUCAGGCCCCUGUCACAGAGUAUCCCGGCAUCGCAGUUGAAACCGUAAGCGACUCCAGUCGCUACUUUGUCCUGCGAAUACAGGAUGACAAUGGCCGCAGUGCGUUCAUUGGUGUUGGAUUCGGGGACAGAGGGGACUCUUUUGACUUCAACGUGUCUUUGCAGGACCACUUUAAGUGGGUGAAACAAGAGAAUGAGAUCAGCAAAAACCCUCAGGGGGCAGCUUUAGGACCAAAGCUGGACUUGGGAUUUAAAGACGGACAAACCAUCACCCUUAAUAUUGGGCAAGGCAAAAAGAGGGAUAAGCCACGCCCACAGGGGGCAGGUGGGCUCGGUCUCCUACCGCCGCCACCAAAAGGAAAGAUGGCCCCUCCUCCUUCCUCUGCCUUCUCCAAUCACAACACAGUGCCUCAAACAGGAGGCUCAGAUACGGGCUGUUUGCUAGAUCUGGACAGUAGUAACUCCAACACUGUGGUCCAAUCAUCCAACCCCAGCAGUGAUCUUUGGGGAGACUUCUCCUCUCCUGCAAGUUCGCUCCCUCCAACAUUGCGACAAGAGCACACGCCGAAUUGGGGCCAGUUUUGAGUCCACAUCAUCGCCUUUUUCAUUUGUCUCCAUCGCUGAACGCAAUGCCUCCCUCCGUCGCUACAAACACAAUCAAAGUUAACUUUCCAGGAGACAAAGAGCACCAUGCACAUUACAAUCUCCUCUCAAAGUAAAAAUAAUAAUGAAAAAGUGAUAUUAGGGAUGAUAAUGCAAAUCUAUUGCAAAUAUUCAAUAUUUGGUCAUAUGAGCUUCAUGGUAGGUCUUCAAUAUUUCCUAAGGGCUAUGAUGAUAGGAUCUUAGUGCUGCUUUUUACCCGGCAACAGCGCCCUCUUGUUAAUGUCUACCUAAACAUCCCUACAUGCUGGAUUUUAGAGAGGGGAACCCAUAGGGAACCCAUAGGGAAUGACAAUAUUUUCCAUAGGGCUUUCCCCUGAUCAUAAUAGGGAACAGCAUUCGUAGUAAAUAAUUGUGAAAAGGAAUUGCUCAGACACUCGCCCAAUUUUGUUUCGCCCCGUUCUCCUCAGUGUGCAAUCGUUCACUCCCCCUCAAUGAUUUAAAAGCAUUGGAUGGAGGGAAUCUAUCAUAUUCCUUAUGAUUGCAUGCAAACUAUAGGCUAUUUUUGGGAGAAGGGGGAGAACCGGAAUAGGGCUCAUAUUGAUGAACUUAUCUGUUUCCAUUGUACUGACUGCCUCACGCUUGGCCUGUUUUAAAGAGCGAAGAGCAUGUAUUCUUGUUAACUUUGCUGCAGAGGACUUGACACAGCCCUCUACAGUCCAUUUGUAAGUAGGUAGUUGUGAUGUAGUGUACAUUGGGUGAAAAUCCCUACUUGUAAUGACAGAACUUACAGUUGAAGUCGGAAGUUUACAUACACCUUUGCCAAAUACAUUUAAACUCAGUUUUUCACAAUUCCUGACAUUUACUCCUAGUAAAAAUUCCCUGUUUUAGGUCAGGUAGGAUCACCACUUCAUUUGAAGAAUGUGAAAUGUCAGAAUAAUAGUAGAGAAUUAUUUAUUUCAGCUUUUAUUUCUUUCAUCACAUUCCCAGUGGGUCAGAAGUUUACAUACACCCAAUUAGUAUUUGGUAGCAUUGCCUUUAAAUUGUUUAACUUGGGUCCAACAUUUCGGGUAGCCUUCCACAAGCUUCCCACAAUAGGUUUUGUGAAUUUUGGCCCAUUCCUCUUGACAGAGGUGCUGUAACUGAGUCAGGUUUGUAGGCCUCCUUGCUCACACACACUUUUUCAGUUCUGCCCACAUAUUUUCUAUGGGAUUGAGGUCAUGGCUUUGUGAUGGCCACUCCAAAACCUUGACUUUGUUGUCCUUAAGCCAUUUUGCCACAACUUUGGAAGUAUGCUUGGGGUCAUUGUCCAUUUGGAAGACCCAUUUGUGACCAAGCUUUAACUUCCUGACUGAUGUGUUGAGAUGUUGCUUCAAUAUAUCCACAUCAUUUUUUUUCAUCAUGAUGCCAUCUAUUUUGUGAAGUGCUCCAGUCCCUCCUGCAGCAAAGCACCCCCACAACAUGAUGCUGCCAACACCAUGCUUCACUGUUGGGAUGGUGUUCUUUGGCUUGCAAUCCUCCCCCUUUUUCCUCCAAACAUAACAAUGGUCAUUAUGGCCAAACAGUUCUAUUUUUGUUUCAUCAGAGCAGAGGACAUUUCUCCAAAAAAGUAAGAUUUUUGUCCCCAUGUGCAGUUGCGAACCGUAGUCUGUCUUUUUUAUGGCGGUUUUGGAGCAGUGGCUUCUUCCUUGCUGAGCGGCCUUUCAGGUUAUGUUGAUAUAGGACUCGUUUUACUGUGGAUAUAGAUACUUUUGUACCUGUUUCCUCCAGCAUCUUCACAUGGUCCUUUGCUGUUGUUCUGGGAUUGACUUGCACUUUUUGCACCAAAGUAUGUUCAUCUCUAGGAGAAAGAACGCGUCUCCUUCCUGAGAGGUAUGACGGCUGCGUGGUCCCAUGGUGUUUAUACUUGUGUACUAUUGUUUGUACAGAUGAACAUGCCGUUUGGAAAUUGCUCCCAAGGAUGAACCAGACUUGUGGAGGUCUACAGUUCUUUUUCUGAGGUCUUGGCUGAUUUUCUUUUGAUUUUCCCAUGAUGUCAAGCAAAGAGGCACUGAGUUUGAAGGUAGGCACUGAAAUACAUCCAGGUACACCUCCAAUUGACUCAAAUUAUGUCUAUUAGCCUAUCAGAAGCUUCUAAAGCCAUGACAUCAUUUUCUGGAAUUUUCCAAGCUGUUUAAAGGCACAGUCAACUUAGUGUAUGUAAACUUCUGACCCACUGGAAUUGUGAUACAGUGAAUUAUAAGUGAAAUAAUCUGUCUGUAAACAAUUUUUCGAAAAAUUACUUACUAAAGUAGAGUAGAUUACUAAAGUAGAUGUCCUAACCGACUUGCCAAAACUAUAGUUUGUUAAUAAGACAUUUGUGGAGUGGUUGAAAACAAGUUUUAAUGACUCCAACCUAAGUGUAUGUAACCCUCCGACUUCAACUGUAGGUGUAAAACUAAUGAUAUUCGCAAAAGUGCUUUUCAAUGUUUAAUUUGUAUGAGUUUUAAAGAAGUAGCCUGGGAUGCCAGAUCUGUGUCCGCCUACUCCUCCAAUCUGGCAACCAGGCUGUGAAAUGAUGAUUGUCUAACGCAGUGUAAUAUAAAUGUGUAACAACUGCAGCUAUUGUUGUCGAGGAUGUGCUGUUGGGAUUGAAUAAGUCGCCUAAUGUCAAAAGUGUUUGUUUACCUUCCCCAGAACAUGGUUUCAGAUGGCUCUGUCAUUCCAUAGUUACUGUAAUUUCACCAGACGCGUACUUAUGAUUUAUUGCCUUGGUCGUCAUGACUCAUGACAUCUGAAAGUGGCAAUAAAAACCUUCAACGGGA